AUGGCUCCACGGAAAUACAGUCGCAAGGGCAAGGAGAAGGCGACCGACGACGACGACGAGUCUCCCCAGGAACAUCCUUACAUCACCUGGAUGCGUGAGCAACAGGCCUCAGGCAAGGAUAAGGGCCGCAUUCGUCGUGAAGCUUGCAACCCCACCCCCGAGCGCCCUGACCCCUCCCCCGGCCCUUCCAGCGCGCCCUCCAUGGCUGCCGGCCCCAGCAGUUCGCGAAUGGUCGAGAAUGACGACUCCAGUAGCUACAAAUCCUUGUCUCCUACCGACAGUGACACCGACAUGGCAGAUAGCUCCUCUGACGGUGAGAGCCAGCCCACUGACAAGCGUGGACGCGGUAAGAGCCGCCUGAGGCGAAAGAAGAAGAAGCAUAAGCGCUCGCUUUGGACCAUGGACGAGAUGACAGCGCUGGCUGCUGCACGAUGGACGGCCAUUCCACGACCGUCCACGUCUUUUGCAUCGACGGCAGGAGAAAACCAGGAAGGCGUUGCUGGCGACAAUGUCCAGAACCCAAGGGCAACACCACGCGGCCAGCCACGGCGCAAUGCUGCACCCCCGCCCAUGAUGUAUGAGGCUGUCCAGUUCGCUAACCAAGUGGGCUAA